UAUUCUGCUCUUUGCUCUCUCUUGCUCGCUUUCAGAGUACUUAAUUUUCCAUCCUGGGCGUCUCUUGGUAAGUCUGUCCUUUCUGCACUUUGGUCUUUUUUUUUUUAGCCAGUUCCAAUCAUCUAACACUGUGGGCCAGGAUCGAGCAGGCCUCAGGUGAGGAAGGGGAAAUCAUUUAAAAGCAUCUGAUGACCAAUCAGACAGAAGAGUCAGAAAGGGAAGUACAGAGGACCGGGUGCGAUUGAAGGAGAGGGAGGGAACAGACCUGUGACCUCAUGUGACAUGUGACCUGGACUCCACCAAUGGAACGGUGGGUUGGGCGAGAGGCAGAAUCGCCGCGGGAGCUGUGACCAGACUUGAGACUGACAGUCCAUCACCACGCUGAUUACCACGACAAGAGCACACCUGAACCUCCAAAACCAGAAACCGACAGUGUCUACCGUACUGUCACAGGCUGUAGCUGCUGGAUUGGUUCAGAGGGCAGCACUGGUGCAGGAUCUGGCCCUUGUGGACAUCACACAUGGCUUCGAACAGCAUCUUUGACUCUUUCUCUAACUACUCCACUUUACUCAGAGACCCGACCACCACCAGAAGGUUCACGCCGCCCUCCACGUCUUUCUCGUGCGGGAAGCUCGGCGUCGGCAGUGACGGCGGCGCGGGCGGUGCGAGCAGCAUGAGCGCGGCUGGUCCUCUGAGGUCGCGGCAUGCGGCGGACACGCGCUCCGUGGUGGACGUGCUGGCGGACCACGCCGGAGAGCUCGUGCGCACCGACAGUCCCAACUUUCUGUGCUCGGUUCUGCCUUCACACUGGCGCUGCAACAAAACUCUUCCCGUGGCCUUCAAGGUGGUGGCUCUUGGUGAUGUCCCCGACGGCACCCUGGUUACCGUCAUGGCCGGAAACGACGAGAAUUAUUCGGCUGAGUUGAGGAACGCGUCCGCCGUCAUGAAGAACCAAGUGGCCCGUUUCAACGACCUGAGAUUUGUCGGAAGAAGCGGCAGAGGAAAAAGUUUUACUCUGACAAUCACUGUGUUCACUGGACCACCCCAAGUGGCCACAUACCACCGCGCCAUCAAAGUCACAGUGGACGGCCCACGAGAGCCUAGACGUCACCGAGUGAAGCCUGAGGACUCUCAGAAGAUCCAGUUCAACGAACGGCUGAGUGAGAUGGAGAGGUAUCAUCAGCGUGCCAGCUUGAGAGUGGGCCCCGGCAACGGCACCGUCCGGCCCUCACACCAGAGCCAUUACGGCCCUACUACUACCACCCAGAUACCAGGACUGUGGCCUGAGCAGAUGGACACUCCUCAAAUCAAACCCUGCAAAGUGGAGGACGACCUCCGCUGGCCAAGUACGGAUCUGUUUCAGCAGCGCACCACGUUCCCAUCCCUGUCUCCUCUCACAACGACGCGGUUCUCCGACUCUCACAUGCAUUACCCCGGGCCCUUCACCUACUCCACCAACCCAUCCAGUGCAGGCAUCGGGGGUCUCAGCAUGACAGGUGUUCCUACCUCCACGCGCUACACAACCUACCUGCCCCCACCAUACCCCGGAAACCAGAACCAGAGCUCGCACUUCCAGACCAACUCGUCCCCCUACCACCUGUACUACGGCACCGGCUCAGGCUCCUACCAGUUCUCCAUGGUUCCUGCAGGCGGCACUGCCGGGAGCACGGUCGGAGAGCGUUCGCCCACCCGCAUGCUGACCUCCUGCCCGGCGGCAGGCGCAGCUUCGGGGUCAGGAGGCGGAGCCGGCGGCCUGAUCGGCGGCAGCGACGGCGUGGAGGCCGACGGCAGCCACAGCAACUCUCCGAGUGCCAUGAGCACACCCGGACGAAUGGACGAGUCCGUCUGGAGGCCUUACUGAAGAAACCAGAGAACAAUGACACAAGAGUUGCAUGUUCCAGUCAAAUUUGAAAAAUUUGCCAUCCAUUUUGAGUCGCUUUGAUUUUUCUCAGAGGCAGUAUCUUUCAGUGGUUUCAAUAUUGUACUAUGUAUUUCAUGAGGCUUUGUGUGCUUUAAGACUGAACUGAGCAGAGAAAGAACAGCAAGAAGUAAAAGCUCCUCUGGGAAAAACAAGCAUAGACUCUAAAAGACUGACGUUUAGUUUUAUUCUGUAAUGAGAGCAGCUGGAUGAUGAGGAUGAUGAUGAUGAUGAUGAUGAUGAUGAUAGCAGGAGUUCAAUGGCCAAGCGAAAAGAGGGAAAAAAAAGACACUUCAGGAAGUUCAGAGAAUAACCUUUGACCUUUAGCCAGGUCUGGUGGUUAAGGAAAGCCUGAGGACAUGCUGUAUUGGGCCGAAGUGAUUGAUUUGACUUUUAUUUAUGGCCCUAAUCAGCUUUUACCUUUUGACGGUACAGCAUUGAUAUUCAGUGUACAAAAUGAAUGAUUUUUUUUUAAUGUUUUCAUUUGUUUCCACCAAUCAUGAACAAUUUGUGUAUGAACAGUUUUUUUUUAAUUAUUGUUACAGUAAUUAUUUUUUUUAAAUAUUGUUCUGAUUUUCUUUUUUGUUUCAAGCCAUUAUUUGUCUAAACUAAGUAAUGUGGUUUGGGUUUCUUUAAGUUAUUUGAGCCAGUUCUAUGAUUAUUCUCGAUAUUUCCAGGUUAGGAAAAAAAAAGCAUUUAUCUUUUUUUGUUUGUUUGUUGUUGUUGUUUUUUUUUUUUGGUUUGUUUGAUGUUUAUAAUUUUUUUUCUUUUUCUUUGUUUUUUUUUUCCUCAUUUCUAUGAUUUAAUAUAAGAUCGCAAGUCAUGCUACUGUAAUAUAUUAUUUCUAAAUUAUGAAAUAGUUACAAAUUUUAAAUGUAAUGUAUUUUUCCUAUGUAGCUCCAAUGCACUAAAACAUGCUACUUAAAAAAAAAAAAAAAAAAAAAAAAAGGACCCACCCGAAACGAAAUGCAGAGGAACCCUAUCCACGGAAAGAAAAAGAAAAAAAAAAAGUCCAAAGAGAUCAAAUUUCAUCGUAAUAACUUAUAAUCGAAUAUACUUCCAGGCACAAUGGCUCGCUUUCCUUUUGUUGCCCAAAGUGUUACAUUUUAUGAUGUCAUUCCAGCCUCGUAAAGAAUGAAGAACACACGUAGCUUUAAGCGCCUUCAUUAUCCGUCUUUCCUCGCAUCAAUGAGGUGACUGAAAUGGUAGAUGAUAACUACAUAUGAAACGGAUCGUCUCUCAUUAUUUCAAUGACAAAACCACGCACAAGCUCACACACUGGAGCUAAAGUGGCCAGAAAUCUGUCCCUCCCUUCCUUUCAGGUGUGUGUGUGUGUGAGAGAGAGAGUGUGUGUGUGUGCGUCGUGCACAAUAGGUCAGGAGCCAGAGGCCUUUCCCAGCCGCUCACACUCCGCCACACCUGCUCUCUGUACCUAAAGGGAGAGCGAGGACGAAAAGAGAGAGUGUGUGCCGAGGAGUGUGGGAGUCAGAUCGUCUUUCAGCGACCGCCAGCCAUUCUUUAGGCCGCUGGUUCUCCUAAUGCUGGCUUCUUUGUUCGCUGCGCUCCAAAGCCACUUUGAAGCCUUUGUGAUGGCGCUUCAUCUCUUUUUCUUUUGUCGUUUGUACAUAAUUAACGUCCUGAGCCCGAGGCCGUGGCUGACAUUGAGCGAGCAAGUGUGUGAGAAGUUCCUAUAGAACGGAGGAAGGAGAAAGCUUGUCGUUCCAUGAAAUAAAAGAAUUAAGUUUAGAAAGCAGCCAGCAGCGUCCACCUCUGCUGAAUGGAUUCCCCUUUGUCUCUGGGAUUAUAGUGUUGAGGACGAGUCCAGGUUUCCAGAUUUGGGCUUGUGAUCUUUUCAAUUUGACUCAGGAAACAACUAUGACACACAUACUAUGCCUUAUAACGCUUAUUUAAUGUAUAACAAAAGCACAAUCUGACUUCUUUAUAGCUGCAACUAUAAAGUGGACAUCCAUCCAUCCAUCCCAUCCAUUCAUCAUCCAAUCUCUUGGCUUAGUGAAAUGACCAAAGCUACGUGUUUGUUAAGUCGAGGCAUUUUGUAGUCCUCAUGGCUGGUCUGUUGACGUGCAAGCUCAGUGGCUCCUUUCCUAAAGAACAAAUAGCGUUUUUUCAUUCACUGUAUAUUGUAAUUUUUUGACUCUGUACCAUGCUCUGCUAUAGUCUACCUUCAUUGUGUGCAAACAUUGUAGUUUUUGAUGCAUUUUAAUUAAAAAAAAAAAAAAAGAAGAAAAAAAGUCAUAUUUCGAGUAUUUGCUUGUAUUUGGUUGGAAAAUGGAAUAGGUUAUGAUAAUAGGUUACUUUAAGAGCCUAAAUUUUUCAAAGGAUUUUUGCUGUUUUAAUGAAAUAAAACACCCUUUUGAUUCAUUA